CUUUCACUCUCAACCACUACCACUGGAUCUAGACUUCUGGGUCAUAACGGCUAGGCGACCACAAAGUACUUAUAGACAAGCACUUGCAUAGAAAUCACUUCGCUCAUUCAAGAUACCAUCGCAUUAUUGAUACGCGUCCGCGUCCUUAUAGACCCACUAUACCAUCCAUUCAAGAUUUGAGCGGCACCAUGUCGCACGCCAAACACCAGUCCUCAUCGCCGCGUAAGUCAAUGCGGGCGUCCGAACCGCUCUCGUCCCUGGAUCAGACCAUGCUAAAUGGGGCACAUUCUCUGGCACAUGAACUCGCUGUUGCACUAAUGCCUGAACCCGGAGGCGGGUCACGGAUGCUCGCGGAGGAGUUUGGGAUUGAGUACGACGAAGGCGCGGAAGGCAUUGAUGACGAUGACUGCGCACAUAGAAAUGAAGAGCGUGAAGUGCACGCACAAGGGGACAGUCUGGCGAAUGAGAUUGGAGGUAGCCUGGCUGAUGAGAUGGGGGGCUCCAGUUUGGCGGACGAACUAGGCGGGAGUGGGAGUGCUGAUGAGGAUGCCGAUGAAGAUGCUGAAGACAGUUUAGAUGGGGACGAUGAUGAUGACUCGUUUAUCCCAAGAAGACGAGAGCAAGAUGCCAUGGAGAUCCUUGCACAAAAUCUCGCUUCAACAGAUCAAUUCCUUGCACAUUUACGCGCCAUCGACGCUUUACCUACUUUAUCCUUCGCGCACACCUCGGACGCUGCUCCAAGCGCACACGUCCUGGAAAGUCUGGCAUCGGAUAUGAUUCGUGCCAUUAACGAGGCCACAAAAGAGCGGGAAAGUCAGGUGCGCGAGCUCAUUGCGUAUGAGCGAGAAUUCCGCCGGCUUUCAACUGAGGUCGGUGGGAAUGAUGUCCUUUGUGAGUUGGAUGACAUUGACGAGGGCGAGAUCGAGAGCGAACCUGCGCCGACGAAGCUAGAUACUGUCACCGAGGAAGACGAGCUUGAAUCAUCUUAUGCACCGUCCUUACCUUCGUCACCUGAAAAGCCCUCGUUCGCUGCAUCCCAGACCUCCAGUGCUGCUGCACCGCUACCGCACCUGGUGCAGCUGCGAACACAUACAGCGGCACUGCUUUCAUCACUCACAACGAUAUCAGAGCAGGCGCAGGUGAAUGGAGCUGCUACAGCAGAUUCAGGUCGGCGGAUUCGUGCGUUGAAGAACCGUUUUGGUGGGUUGCGCGGGGAGUGGGAAGGCGCGGAACGCAGUCGUGGACGUGUUGAGCGGUGGGAGCAGGAAGGUGCAGAUCACAAUUGCAGCAGAGUCGCGGAGGAGCACAUGAUUGCAUUCCAACAGGCCAUAGAUGAGGCAGGGGUUAAGACACAGGCGAUUAUGGCACGGUAGAUGGUAUGAUGUAGGAUGGACUUCUGGAGGAUCGCUACACAUCUAUUCACAUUCACUCAUUCGUAUUACAAUAUUAUACCAACGCAUCUUAUAUUUUGCUUGUAGAACUGACUGGUCCGACGUUUGAAACGUUGAAGACAGACCAAUAGUAUUUC